AUGGCUGCUUCAAACAUGCUGUUUCUACUGAUGCUCUGCGGUCGCCUGUCAGAAGUGUUUUCUGUGCAGAUGUGUGACAUGGUGAAUGAGAUUGAAUUGGAGAAAGAGCGCUGUGAAAAUGACACCUCCGGGAACAUCACCUCAGGUUGCCAAGGAAUGUGGGAUAUGAUUGCCUGUUGGCCGUCAGCCAGGAUUGGAGACGUGGUCACAAUAACGUGCCCCAAUUAUUUCAGUUAUUUCAGCGAUCAGCAGAAAGGUAACCUCUCCAAAACCUGCACAGAGGAUGGCUGGACAGAGAUGCAUCCCAUUGACAUUGCUGUGAACUGCGGGUACAAUCUAAAUAGCACUGGAGACGACGGCAACUUCUUUUGGCAGCUGAGGGUUGGCUACACGAUUGGCCACAGCGUCUCCCUUAUCUCCCUCAUCACCGCCAUUGUGAUCCUCUGCAUCUUCAGGAAGCUGCACUGCACAAGGAACUAUAUCCACAUGCAUCUGUUUGUAUCAUUCAUCCUGAAGGCCGUCGCUGUGUUCAUCAAGGACGUGGUCCUCUACGAAGUCGGAGAGGUGGAUAACUGCUCCCCAGGGUCGAUCGGCUGCAAGGCGGUGAUGGUCUUCUUCCAGUACUGCAUAAUGGCCAGUUUCUUCUGGCUCCUGGUUGAGGGCCUCUAUCUUCACGCGCUCCUGGCUGUCUCUUUCUUCUCGGAGAGGAAGUACUUCUGGGCGUACAUCCUGAUCGGCUGGGGAGGUCCGCUGAUAUUCAUCACGGCAUGGAGCACCGCUAAAGCGUACUACAAUGAUGUUGGGUGCUGGGAUAUCAUUGAGAACACCGACGUAUUCUGGUGGAUCAUCAAAACUCCCAUACUGGCAUCCAUCCUGAUGAACUUCAUCCUCUUCAACUGCAUCAUUCGCAUACUACGACAGAAAAUCAACUGCCCAGAUAUUGGAAGAAAUGAUUCGAACCAGUACUUGAGAUUGGCCAAAUCAACACUGCUUUUGAUUCCACUGUUUGGAAUCAACUUCAUCGUAUUCGCAUUCAUCCCGGAGCAGGUGAAAACAGAGCUGCGGCUGGUCUUUGACUUGAUUCUGGGGUCAUUUCAGGGCUUUGUUGUUGCAGUCCUCUACUGCUUCCUCAACGGAGAGGUCCAGGGUGAGAUCAAGAGGAAGUGGCGGCGGUGGCACCUGCAGCGGUACAUGAGCUCUGACACCAAGUACCAGCACCCGUCUAUGGGCAGCAACAGCAACAACUUCAGCACGCAGAUCUCCAUGCUGACGCGGUGCAGUCCCAAAACAUGCCGGGCUUCCUCCUGCCAGGAGGACACGUCCAUCAUAUGA